UCCCGACUCUUCUCCGGCUUCUCUUCUCUGACCUGGGUGUCGAGUGUUGCCGCUGGCUACCUAGCGAUACCCCCGACACUGGUUCUCUACACACCCUUGGGAAAAGAGAAAAAGUCAAUUCAUCAACCAGACCUCAGGCUUCCCCUCCCCCGCACGCAUAGUAUCAAGGUAGUCCAUACCUUAACUAGUAACUACCCCCAAGUCACUCUUAUCACACAGCCACUGCUGCGAACCCCCCCCCCCCCCGACAGUCAUGCACUCCAAGCUGCUCGUCGCCGCCAGCCUCUCGGCCUUGGCAAGCAACGCCGUCGUCUCAGCAGCCGGCAGCGAGCGCAUCCUCGGCGUCUACGUCUUCCACCGCCACGGCGACCGCACCGCCAAGGCCUGGGCUCCCGUCAACCUCACGGCCCUCGGCGCCGACGAGGUCCACUCGUCGGGCGCCUUCUACCGCUCCCGCUACGUUUCGUCCGACGCCGACUUUCGCGUCGCCGGCCUGAGCGCCGAGACCGCCGUGCUUUCCCAGCUCGAGGUCACCUCGCCCAAGGACGCCGUCCUCCACAACUCUGCCCUCACCUUCCUCCAAGGCCUCUACCCACCCACCGACUCGCUCGAGGUCCUCGCAAACGGCACCAAGGUCAAGGCGCCCCUCAACGGCUACCAGUACAUCCCCAUCGACUCCGUCAGCGAUGCCGCCACCAGCAACAAGGCCGAGAGCAACGCCUGGCUCCAGGGCGGCAGCGGAUGCGGCAACGCCGUCGUCAGCUCCAACAACUACUUCACCUCGCCCGACUACAAGCAGACGUACGACGAUACCAAGGACUUUUACCAAAGCCUGCUGCCCGUUAUCAAGGGCACCUACGGCCCCGAUGCCACCAACUUCAAGAAUGGCUACACGAUCUUUGACUUGAUCAACGUCGCCACCAUUCACAACUCGUCCAUCUCCGACAACAAGCUUCUCACCAAGGAGACCCUCGCGCGUCUCUACAACCUCGCGUCCGUCCACGAGUGGAACCUCGCCUACAACUCGAGCGACCCCGUCCGUGCCAUUGCGGGAUCCGUCCUCGCCGGCCAGAUCAUGGACGCCCUCCAGCCCAUCGUCGACGGCAAGUCGUCCACCCCAAAGUUCAACGCGCAAUUCGGCGCCUAUGGCACCUUCAUGGCCUUUUUCGGACUCGCUCAGCUGCCCAAGGCCUCGCCCGACUUCUACGGCAUUUGCGACUACGCCUCCAGCAUGACCUUUGAGCUCGUCACCACUUCCACGGAUGCCAAGCCCAAGGCCGACGACAUCAGCGUCCGCUUCCUCUUCGCCAAUGGCACUGCCGCGGAAAAGGGCAUCAAGACCUUCCCCCUCUUCGGCCAGGACAAGGACACGCUCUCUUGGAACGACUUCAAGACUGGCAUGUCCAAGUUUGCCAUUUCGGAUACCCAGCACUGGUGCCAGCUUUGCGGAAACACCGACGGCAAGUGCGCCUCCAACUCGACGGGCUCGGGUGGUGACGUGGCCCAAAACUCAACGGGCUCUGGCAGCGGCGGCGUCAGCAAGCCCGUCGCCGGCGUCAUCGGCGCCCUCGUGACCCUCGUCGUCAUCCUCGGCAUCCAGGCCCUCGUCAUGGCCAUUGGCGGCCUGCGCCUUGUCAAGAAGUCGACACUGGCCGGUGCUCGUCGCAGCGGAGAGGUCAGCGAGGCCGGCGGAGUCAAGUCUUCCUGAAAAACGGACCGCGGAAGAAGAUUGGAUCAUGACCUUGCUCGGCGAAGCUAGGAGGAGUGGAACUGGCAACUUGGCAGCGUACAUGGGCGUCGGCCGUCUCGACAAAAGCGGUCGCAGUGACGGGACAAAGGGGGGUUUGGUGUCUUUUCUUUUUGGUUUUGCUUCGUUUCAAUUCUGAUACCACUCAAUGGACAUGAUUAACGGGCCA